GGUACAUAACCAACAUCAUCAUCAGCCAGAAGUGGUCGGCAAAGGUCCAAAUUAUGCUUAUCGGGGCUCAAGUCGCGAAAUUGACCGAAGCCCAUAUCUCGCAUAUGCGCUGUUUGGGGCCUGAAUCUAUUGCCGUCGACAUUAAUUCUCGUAUAGAUGUAAUCAAAAUAGCUUCAGGCUAAGUUGGCGGGGUCCUGGCGAGCGCGACAUAUAGCAUUUCGACUUGAGCUCUCGCUCAAAAUUAUGCCCGAGCACCAUCCAGAGACCUUAUUAUGUGUAAUGGGAUGUCAAUUCAUGGUCGGGGCGACAGUCUGGGCAUAGACCUUGCGAUCCCGCCCUUGACCCCCGAAGUGGUACCCGCGUGCCUAGCUUUUUCGUUUACCCCGGAGUCCAGAACUUGCGCAGUGUGUGUUCAAUUCUUGCUGCACGCAAGACCCUUUACAGCAGCAAGAUAUCAUUCUCGCAGCGCAAUAACCCUAACAACGCCUUCUGAAGCCAGUCGGCAGCUCCUGAUGGCGCUAGGACGCCGCUGCCACUCCGGGACAGUGCAUCUGUAUCGCACUGAAGUAACAGCACCUCCACGCGCGCGGCGCAUUGUGUCACAGCGAAGCAUUCAUACCGCAGCGACGGCCGCUGAGAAAGCCUUUAGCGCCCGAGGCUUGCUCGUGCGGAGCGGCUUCAGCACAGUUCAGGCCGAGGGACUCCUCGUUGUUUUCCCAACCACGAGCGUUAUUGCCAGUAAGCAGGACAUCAAGGAUUUGGAAUUGGCGAUGAAGGACCUGCAGGCCACGCAGCAGCAGUCGAUAAAGGACCUGCAGGCGGCGCAGGAGAAGGGCAUCAAGGAGCUGGAGACCAAGCAGCAGCAGGCCAUGACCAGCUUGGAGACCAAGCAGCAGCAGGCUGCAACGGUGCAGCAGCAGGCCAUGGCCGACUAUGGGACACAGCAGCUGCAGGCCUACAAGGACCUGCAGAUGACGCUGAACCAGUAUGGCAUUUGGCUGACUGUCCUCAUCCUGCUCUCUGGUGCAGCCCGCUGGCCACGAUCUUCACGUUCCUGUCAAAGAUGCUGCCCCUGGUGAAGCCGCUCUAAACGGUGCGUUGGUAUGCCGCGGGCGCUUACCAGGGCAUGGAGGAAGGAGUGGUGGAGGAGGAGCAGCAGCACGCCGCUGCUGGCCUCAUGGCAGCGCCGCCGCAGGAGUGGCAGGCUGACAGGGACGCGCCCGCCGCCAACACAGCAUGCAGGAACGGCGCUGCUUGUGCCGGGGGGUGCGGCACUGACGCCCGCCAACCCCAAUUUCAAACUGGAGCAGCACCUGGAGGCCCUGAACUCGCUAUUCCCUAUGCUGUAGCACGCACGGCGGCACGCACCAGUUACGUGAUUUGGCCGUUGGCGAUUUGGCCGUCGGCGGUAGCACCAGCGGCAGCACCAGCACCGCCGUUGCCACUGCUGUAGUGCUAGUAUCCGCGCCCGCCUGCCCCGCCUGCGGCCGUCGCUGGCGCGGUGGCAGCGAGAUGCCCUGCUUGUAGCAUUGAAGGCGAGCCUCGCAGUCAGCAGCCUCUUCGGCAGCUUCCUGAUCAUACGCCGCGUCCACGGCCGCUGGCUGGGUGCUGCACCGCGCCGCCAUCUCCUCCGUGCGUUGGGGCCAGCCGCACCUUUCGCCAGCUCCGCUUGUGUCCUUGUGAAUAUGCAUUGUCACGGUACCACAGCGUGCGGCGAGGCUCGGGCAUGGGGCUGCCCGCGGACUUGCGGAGCUGGAGCUUGUCGGCUGCCCCCGGCACUGCAUGCCCUGACUGUUAAGGUUGCUGAAAUAACCAAGGGCUGGUCGAGAUGGGUAAUAAGCGAAUGUGCACUCGGAAACUUUAGACUCUCGAGAUACGGGCGAGGUUUCUGCUAACUUCUUCAUUCUUCAUUAACUACGUCACUCACAGGAACGUCAGUGGGGGUCUGUGCGCGCUCGGUGGUACGUAGGAGACAGGGACGUUCCGCUUUGAUGGGUGGGAGGGAACUGAUGGGUAAGGUAGGCAAGGUUCUUGAAUGGGGAGCCGUAAGGAACAGAUGAGCCAGUGUGGACUGUAGCAGGGCGAAUGUGGACUUGCUGUCCGGAGCAGAGAAGAGUGGGGAGGGGUUCUGGGUUCACGUCUUCACGAACGGUUUAUCAGCAUGAAUGUACGGAGAGUGGGAGUAGUAGAAGUGGAAGCAGUGGGAGAAGUAUCUGCGGGCCGGUGAAGCGCCAAACGGAGCGCCCGGGGGGCGGCGCAAAUUCAAAAGGAAUUUGGAACGCGUGGACCCUCGGUUGACAGCAAGCCACGAAGGAUUCUGCCCAAGGGCCGUUUGGAGCAGUGCUCGUAUCUUGUAGAUGCCCUCAGGCACCCGGCAUCUACACAUGCGUAGAUGACCCUGACCGCGGCAUCUACACUUAAGCCCCCAAGCCCCCCAAAACGUCUACGCUUCCCCCAUUUUUGCGCCAAAACCGGCCAAAACCGUCUACACUGCGUAGAUGCGUGGCACCCAAACCCAAAAAUUUUUCUCCGCCUUCGGCGGAUUUUGCGCAGAUUUCUACAGUGUAGAUGGAAGAUACGAGCACUGGUUUGGAGGUAGCCUAGGGUGGCAUCUGGCGGACACGCAAGGUCGCACAGGACGCAGAUUCGGCCCUGCCCCCGGCAACGUUCGGGCCCACGCCGCAGGACAGCGCGCCGUCAGGGGGGCCCGGCACGCAGGCGCGCGCGCCAAAGCGCUUCAGACUUAGGGCGUAUCCCCAGAGCCGCCGAGUUAUGGGAAUGUGUGCAAGGAUGCGCGGCGCAUAAGGUUUCCCGGCCAGAGCUCAAGACUUAAACCUCAUACCCAGUGCCCACACACGGUGACAUUGAAAUGCGUAAAUGCAAAUGUGGCAGGUUGGUGUUUGGCACCACUUGCCGCUGGCUGUCUCAGAUU